UCAAAGAUGUUCUGUGACGGAUUGGUGCACUGCUUCAUAUCAUCAAUACACUGUUCAGCAGCUUCGAGAAGCUUACUUGUAAAUUAAUUUGAUCCUUAUUCAAAAGUUUCUUGCUGCCACCUCUGGAAACGUAUUAUUUGAAUAUUAUUGCUUUUAUUUAAAGACUGCUGUGCUCAUUAGGCAAAUAUUUCGUUUAUACUUUCGGUGUGACUCCAAAUUGAAAAUGUCAACGGCGCCUAUACCAUGGGGUAUUCUUCUUUUUAUCCUACUUAUUUUAGGAUGUGUAGCUGUUGUCGGACUCAUGAAGCUAUAUGCCCUUAUUUACAAUUUCCAUUGUUCCUGUCCUGUAUGUCUGGCGGGGAAAACUGCUGUCGUUACAGGGGGAAGUCAAGGACUUGGGUAUGAGAUCGCGCUAGCCCUAGCUUCGAGAGGAUGCAAAAUUAUAAUAGCAACUAGAAGACCAAACGAAGCGCUAAGAGAAGAACUCGUCAGGAAAACACACAACCCAAAUAUUUUUCUUGAAUACGUGGACCUGGAGUCCUUCAAAUCCGUCCGUAAGUUUGCUGAGACGAUAAAGGAGAAGGAAGAGGUUAUCGAUAUCCUCAUAUUCAAUGCAGGAUUUGGAGCUGACGAAGAUAUCCUAACGGAAGAUGGAAUGAACUACGUUUUACAGACGAAUUAUUUCAGCUCGUUUCUACUCGUACAUUUAUUAAUUGAACCGUUGAAGAGAUCUACUUCAUCAAGGAUACUGUGGACGUCCUCUCUAUUAGCAUUCACCAGCUUUUUGAAGGUUGAAGACGUUACAUCUCAGACAGUUCUGAAAUCACACGGAAUAAUCACUUACUGCUAUUCCAAGCUUAUGCAGAUCAUAGCGUCUGACAUAUUCGCCGAACGAUUGAAGAAAUACGGAAUCACUUCGAACUCUUGGCAUCCAUUCGUUUCCAAGACGCAGAUCUUUGAAAACUCCAUCAAACAUGGCGAUGGACUACUGUUCGUGCUGCUUGUGAAAUACAUUUUACCAGUACUGGCGGUGAUGUUUAAGACUGCAAGGGAAGGAGCACAAACAGGCGUACACCUGGCAUGCUCAAACGAGGUAUCAGACAUAACUGGAGAAUUCUUUGCCGAAGGUGCUCGAAGAUACAAACCAUGCGGUGCUCGUGAUGAAAACCUCUGUAAGGAAGUUUGGAGACUCUCGGAAGAAGCUGUCAAAUUGAAACCAGAAGAAAUUAUUUUGUGAUCGCCUGCUGUCUUCAACAACUACUAGGAACCCUAUAAAAUAAAUUUGCCAUGAAUCAAAAUACGUAGAAUUUUUUGAAUAAUUUUAUUUUUCAAUAUAAUCCCUACCUACAUCAAGGCACCAUUUCUCCGCCCAUAUAAAAAAAUGUUUCAUCUUGGCACUCAGAAAAGUCGUCGACGGCUGCUGUUAGGCCAUCCUGAUCGAUGACUCUUCUCUAACAGACAGUCUCUCGAUCAUUUCGCACCGGCGCACAGUGUGUUCCUUUAUAGGGAUCAGGGACAAAAUUCGAUAUCUUAAAAACUCGUGGUCCUAUUUGAAUUCUGUAAACGUAGGGCGAUUACUUAUUUAAGUAGCUUUCUAAAGUAUGACAAAAAUUUUUAAGAUAAUAAGAAGGGGUGGGGGAGCAGGCGGGAUGCAUUUCGCAUAAGUCUUUUUUUUUGUAAAAGUCAAAAUAUUAAGUUGAUGAUCUCGAAUAAAUUGGGAUAAGGUAGGAUAUUAUUAUAGCAUUCUUAAGAGAGACAGAAAAAUCACGCUUUUAUUUUUCAAGAUCUUUACCGAAUGAUUUAAAAGAUAAUAUAGCCAACUUGUGGCGGGCGCAAUAUGAUUUAUUAAAUUUGUCUAUCUAUUUGAAAAAAUAAUAAGAAUAAUUCAAAUAAAAAAUAAAUCUGUAUAAUUUGAAAUUGA